GUAUUAAUUAAGAAGCAUGGCGUAGUAUUAAUUAAAAAAAAUUUGUUAAAGAUGAAGGUUCUGGAAAUGGCGUGGGUGAGGUGUAGUGUUGGGAAUGAUUGGUGUGAAAGCAUGUGCAGGAGGAAUUGAAACAAAAUGGUAACAGUGGAAACAAAAAUCAAAGAAUGGAAACAAAGACAAAGUUGAAUACGUGCACGUGUCCCUCAACAGCAGACCGCCUCCCAUAUAUUUGCGACUGCUUUCCUUCUUUUUCCUUUCUUUUUUUUUUUCUCAUACUCCGCUUCUUUCACAUUCUCACUGUACGGGGAGGGCCAUGUUAACCACCGUCAACAACGACAACUCCUUCUCCGCUUUCAGCGACUGCAACAGUGACAGAUCCGCCGAAUUCUCCACACCGUCUUCCGAGACCCGCCGCCUCCUCAUCGCAUGCGCCGCCGACAAUUCCGACGAAUUCAUUCCCCACCUCGUUCUCAACCUCCAUUCCUGUUCCAUUGAGGACCAGAAACAAGCCACCAUGGAAAUCAGGCUACUUGCCAAGAACAAGGAAGAGAACCGCGUCAAGAUCGCAAAAGCCGGCGCGAUUAAACCCUUGGUUUCGCUUCUAUCGUCCUCGUCAGACCUUCAGCUUCAGGAGUACGUGGUGACCGCGAUUCUCAAUCUCUCGCUCUGCGACGAGAACAAAGACCUGAUCAAUUCCUCGGGAGCGGUGGAGCCUCUUGUGGUAGCGCUGGAGACGGGGACGCCGACGGCGAAGGAGAACGCGGCGUGCGCGCUGCUCCGGCUCUCCCGGAGAGAGGAGGACAAGGUUGCGAUAGGGAGGGCGGGAGCGAUUCCGCCUCUGGUGAAGCUUCUAGAAGGUGGGGGUUUGCGCGGGAAGAAGGACGCGGCGACGGCGCUGUACGCGGUGUGUUCGGCUAAGGAGAACAAAGUGAGGGCGGUGAGGGCGGGGGUUAUGAGGGCGCUGGUGGAGCUGAUGGCGGACUUGGGGUCGAGCAUGGUGGACAAGGCGGUGUAUGUGGUGAGCGUGGUUGUUGGGGUGGUGGAGGGGAGGGCGGCGCUGGUGGAUGAAGGGGGGAUUCCGGUGCUGGUGGAGAUAGUGGAGGUGGGGACGCAGAGGCAGAAGGAGAUCGCCGUCGGGGUUCUGUUGCAGAUUUGUGAAGAGAGUUGGGUGUACCGUACUAUGGUGGCCCGCGAAGGAGCCAUUCCACCCCUCGUUGCUUUCUCACAAUCACAGUCACACUCACACUCCAAUCGCCCAAGACACAAGCGUGGGAGUAAACUGAAGUUGUUGUUUAUUCGUUAUUGUUGGUGUACGUGGGAACAGGCUGAGAAACUCAUAGAGCUUCUACGGCAACCGAGAUCCGGCAAUGGCGCUGGUCGUUCCUAGGAAAUGUCAGCAGAAACCCUACCACACAUCCUCUGUGCUGCAACCACCAUCCGACAAACAAAAAUAUAGAUUGUAAAUAAAUACCUCUGUAACCACCUUUCUCAUUCUGUGAUCUAAAUCAUGCCACCCUCCUACUUUUUUUCU